AUGGCUGUUUUAUCACAGGCGGCCCAAGCUCACUUCAGGAACGCGGACGUGACUCUUGCUUGCGAGUGGUGUUGUGUUACAAACGGUUAUUUACAAAGGCUUGUAUGGGAUGUAAACGGUUUUUCUUAAAAGAGAGAAAAAAUGUUAUGUUUUUAAAUAAAAUCUACUUACCCUAUUGCCUUGUUUUAUUUUUUGUUUACCCACGUCUCAGGCCGUUUUGAGGCAUUUUCGGCGAGUUAGCGCUUUUUUGGUGUUCCACUGCUAAGAGAAAGGCAAGGCUGAACAGUAAUUUCCGAAGUGUCUGCCUUUCGAGGCGAAUAAUUCCGGUGGAAAAUUACCCCCGCGCUCAAUUCCUCCAGAAAUUCAAAGCAGAGAUGUUGCAGUUCAGGUCCAUUCACUCGAUUCGCAAUUCCUCCUACAGAUUGUUCACCAGCGAUGCUUUUUUCUCUUGCUCGAUCAGCUUCUGAAUUUCGAACUAGGCUCUUCCAAACUGCCGUUCACCGAUCACAUAGUAUUGCAGGUAACUAAAAUAACCCCGGCGAGGGUAGCCAACGGCCUGCAGUCGACAAACAAACCCAUUAGUUAGCUCCUAAUGCGAUCUUGACAAUGUCUCUCGAGGUGACCCGGGGAACUGUCACGUUUGUUUGUCAACUGCAGGCCGCUGGCUACCCUCGCCGCGCUUAUUUUAGUUACACAUACUAUGAGAUCGGUGAAUGGGUCCACUGCAGUUUGGAAGAGCCUAGACAAAUGUUGCUUGUAUUACUUGAUCUUGUGUGAAUUGUUUGCUGUUACAAGGAGUCACGCGAGCUGACCAAGAUGGAUGGGCAUGUGUUGAAUGUACUCCGUAAAGUUUUUCUUAGCCUCUUCUUUCGUAAAUCGAAUGUUUUGUUGUUUUCCUUGCCUUUGCUUAUGUGUUUCGUUUCUCUUCAUAAUCAUUAUUUACUUACUUUGCGUCAUGUUAUUUUAUUCUCUUUAUUGUUUCGUAGUGUCUUUAUUGUUGUUUAGUCCACCCAAUAGAUGAACCUUAUCUUGUAAAUAUUUCCUUUCUCCCUGCGUCGAUUAGUUUAUAAGCUAUUUGUGGGUGAGAAUAUAAACUAAUCAGUUGUAUGCUGAGUCUCAAUCUCAAUAUCUCAAUUUGUUGUUGUUGUUGUUUAGUAAGAAGAACAAUAUUGUUUGUUCAUGCGUGUAUUAGAGGCUUUCCUGCACUUUAUAUCUUUGAUGUGCUGAGAAAGUAACCGAUUGCAGACUUUUCUUGAUGGUUGCUGACUUUGUUUCUAGGAAUGGCCUUAUCUUGGUUAUGGAAACCAGCCACCUCAAGGUGAAUUGUGCCCAGCAAUAUUAUGUAUUUGCAUCCAAGUAUUUGUAGGAUGGCACCAUUUCGAUACAACUUCCAGAAUGUUUUGUUUUCAUUUUUAAGUUAGGUCUACAAUUAUGUAAAGUGCACUGGUAUUUUUAACAUACCCAAAGUGAAUACUGGUAAUAGUGUUAAAAUGAUAAUUAAUGUGGGUAAUGAGGACAAACAAGCAAAAGAAAGAAAGGCCUAGGCAAUGGCCAAUUUUCAGCUAUUUUUGUUUUUUUCAACUUUAAGGUAAUUCCUUUGAAAAGGACUGUACUAUCCACAUUUUUUUCAAACCUGGCACAAUUGGCAGCCAUAUAUAGAAAAAUAAAAACUGCACUAAAAUGAUAGGGUCACCGAGCUUGUUUUCGCCUUGUAUGCCUGUAAUUCUAAGUGUUUUUUCCUGCUUGGGCGUAAAAUGUUCAAAACUUGAUCAUGAACAACCGUAAAAUAAUUCAUAUUUCUUACCAAAAACUAUGAUCUUUUCUAUAACCUGGAGCCUGCUUGUUUGUCGGGUUAUAAUUUUUCAGUAAAAUGACUUCAAAGUACCCAAUCUUACAAAAGGUGAGAAAAAUAGACAGUUUUAACAUUAUCUCAUACUCUUCCUCUGUGGCGCCAAAUGGGAAGUUUCACAUCAUUCAUAUCUAAAUGACACAACUUUUACUAUCCAGAUUUUUUUCUACUUAAAAUAUAUUUCCUUGCAUCCAUAACGAGUAAAAAGCACCAGUAAAAAUUGGGGGUCACCGUGUUUGUUUGUCAUAGUAAGAUAAUAAUAGGAAUAUUUUGCCUUCAAAUGAUCAUUUUGUGGAAAAGGACUGGAACAAGUUUCAAGACCAGCACCUUUUUAGCAGGGAAGAUUUAUCACAAUCUCUAUUAAAACCAUGCGGACUACAAAAGGGUCCUUUGUUACCUCUCUUUAGGCUUUGAUGUUUCAGUGUUAUUCUUCAGUGUUAUGUUUCAGUGUUAUGCGCAGUAGGUGAUGUGCAGUACAAAACAAGGACAUCACCUUAAACAACAAAACAUCAAGGAAGGCCAGAAGCAUAGCGCAUUUCUUGGGCUGGAUUAUAAAAUGAGUCCUUGACCCAAAAUAUUUUCUGUCAUCAUUAUUGGUUUCUGUGGUAAACCAGUGACCCCUCACUUUCCUUUGGGUAAGAGCUUUUGGCGUUAGCAAAGAAAACAGUUUUUAUUUUAAAAAAAUGUACACAGGAGAUUUUUUUAAAAGUGGAAAUACCCAACAUUUGUGUACAGUGGGAAUUUCGUGUACUUACAAUGCAUGGUCACUUGUGUAUGAAUGUUUGUGAUCUAUAAUUCUACGAGUGGAAAUGGGCAAAUGUCGAUCCUCCACAGUUAUGAAUUUCGAGUUUUCAUCAAUUUCAAAAUUGUUUGCUUUUUGGCUUCUGUCUGUAGGUCUGUCCAUCUGAUCUGAUUGGUCAUUUUUUUUACAUUUGUAUUUAACUGUGGCAAGUUGUGUGCUAUUGAAAAAGUUAUCCAGAAGACACACUUAAAAGUGUUAUAAUAUUUCAAUUAUUUUCAGUCACUAUAAAAGUGAAACUGGGUAAUCUGUCAGACAAUGUAGACAGGUUUUGUAUUGUCUCAAAUGUCUGCAUAUGAACUAAGGUUCUUCAUUCAUUUUAACGUAGAUGAUACAUGUGCUACGGAUGCUGCUGAUGAAGGAUCACAAGCAGCCUCCCUUGUCACAGAAAAGGAAAUGCAUAUCUUCAUUGAAAAGGUGGAGAAUUUCAGCACACUCAGCAGCAGCAGUUUGUCAAGUGCAUCUACAAUAACAAGAUGUUUGAGUCCUAUUGGAGACCCUAAGGAGCAAACAGUUGCUUUUGAUGAAUCUACUACUGACUGCACAAGUAAUUUAAACAAGAAGCCAGUCAAAGAAAGUAUUGAAGUACAUGAGUCUUCAAGGCUUUUCAAUACUAACGUUCAGACUGAGCAGGUUCUGGGAAAUGAGAACAACGUGUUUGAUUCCAGUACAAGGAAAACUAAAAGGCAUAAAGUGGGAGAUGAAAAAGACAACUGUGUUACUAGUCUCUGUGAAAGCCCAACAACAAAAACGAUAGCAGGGUUAGAUGAACAUUAUGACAAGUGGAAUAAGCUACUGUUGUAUGAAGGUAAGUGGAAGUAG